CAAUAUUCCCUCACAAUGGCCCCAGAAAAGAGGAUAACCAGUCUGGUGCCAAGGAAUCGACAUCUCCAGUCUCAUUGUGGCGUCAGAAUUGAGCUCCAAGAGCCGCUUGGGCGGCUUCUCGGGUGGAGGCCGAAGAGAACGGACUACAACUCCCAGGCUGCUUCGCGCGGAGCAGGAGCCGGCAGCUCGCUUUGCGUGACCGCAGCAGCUCUCCACUGUGGUCUGAAUCCUCGGGGUAUUGAUCACCCGACCCAUGCUGAAGGAAUUAAGCUGCAAAUAGAAGGAGAAGGGGUAGGAUCUCAAUCCAUUAAAAACAAAAAUUUCCAGAAGGUGCCUGACCAAAAAGGAACCCCCAAGAGUCUGCAGGGAGAAGCUGAGACAGUAAAGUCUACGGUGAAGCUGUCAAAACCAGUGGCCCUAUGGACCCAGCAGGAUGUCUGCAAGUGGUUGAAGAAACAUUGUCCGAAUCAGUAUCAGAUCUACAGUGAGUCAUUCAAACAACAUGACAUAACUGGGCGAGCCCUGCUGAGACUCACAGACAAGAAGCUGGAACGCAUGGGGAUCGCCCUGGAGAACCAGCGACAGCACAUCCUGCAGCAGGUGCUCCAACUGAAGGUGCGGGAAGAAGUCAGAAACCUGCAGUUACUCACACAAGUCUAGAGAGGCUUAUGACAACCGGAGGUCAUGUGGCAGUCUUGUGUCCUCAGCGGAGGGUUCGCCAUAAACAUGUUAGCCUUGCAAGCUGCUGUCCUGCCAGUGGAUAUGAGCAUGGCCUGUUCCCCAGAGAAAGACUUAUCAUGGUACUGCCAGAAGAGAUCCUUGGAGCACUGACAGAUUAUCUGGAUUAACUGAGAAGAUUCAGUCAAAACUAUGAAGUCUGAAAGGAAAAAUAAUCUUGGUUUGCAGUGGUUUCAAAUGAGGUGCAUAACAUACAGUGCCAACUCGUUCCAAGUGGUCAUUGGCAGACCAUUAGCUGGAAAAUUGCUUCCAGUUUUCAUCACUGUGCAUAACUCAAGUUCCCCUUGGGCCCUGGCUGUGCCCUUCACUAGAAGUCCUGUUUUAGCAUGGCAACUACUGGAUUAUUUCAUUAAGUGUGCAGAUGGCAUGAUGUUUUAGAAAAAAACUACAAGAGUCUCAGUGGAAGGGUUCACAAUGUUAUGCCCUGGUAGGAAUGUAAACAUGUCUUGAUUGUGUUAGUUACAAUGUCCAACGGUGUUCUGUCCGAUGCUGAAGCACUUUAUAUGAGGAUGCUACGCUGAGAUAAAAUAGCACAUCUGGCAUAUGUAGGAAAACAAAUGUUUUCUCUUUUCUUUACACAUCUUGUCUUAUUUCUGGCUCAGACUGUCCAAGACAAACUCCACUCCUAGUAUCCCCCCCCCAGUUGUCUGUGGUAGAUCAGUGUAAAUAUGGCCACAAUACUGUUAGAUUUCACUUGCUGACACUUUAUUGGAUAACUAGAUUACUUAUAGCACAAAGGGAAGUAGAAGCUAGCCAGCCUGGUGACUGGACUAUUUGAAGCCUUGGUUCCUUGUACCGGGGCACAACUUAAAACAUGACAUCAUGACACUCUGUACAGGAUGCUGGUCUUUGACCAAUGCAUACACAUUCAUCUUCUAUAGCGGAGAUCUUCCAAACACCAAGACCAUUGUGGAUUGAUGCCAAGGGCAUCAGGUUGCAACCUUAGUGGUCCCAUUCCCACACUGGGGAAAACUUUCAGAGGUCAAGUUUAAAUCGCAAUUCUGGAGAGAAGCAUCAAAUGACCCACCCCCACCCCUCCACUCCCGCACCCCCUCACCUCCCCCAUGUGCCUAGAAAAGUAAACCAUUCGGUCCACCCUAGGUUUCUUCCCUUUUAAUACUUCCUGGGAUGUAUAUAUGACUUUUUAAAAUUCUGCCUAACAGCAAAGCACAGUCCUGGGAACCCUGUCCAUUCAGUGGUUGCCUACCUGAACACUAGAGAAGUGUUCAUUUAUAUUGAUUUCCCCCUUGUGAUAGAUACAUUAGCAUCUUUUCCCUGGGAAUUGAAACUUGGCAGAAUCAAAACCUCUGCGAAGUGUGUUAUGAGUGCUCACUAACCUAACCUGAGAGCAAAAGGCAUCAGAGACUAAUAUUUAAAAUAGAUGCGACAACUUCGGGCACCCUUCCAGCACAAGCAAGCAAGACGUUUGCAUUGUCUCCAAGCACUCAUUCUCUGUCUCCACUUGGGGGUCACAGGCGGUAGAAAGACAUGAAUGAGAUACACAUAGGAUAUCUCUCCACAGGAUGGCUCCUGUCAGAUGUGGGCUGGAGAGAGGUCCUGAUAGGGAACUCAGAGAAAUGAUAGUUACCAUGAAAUCUGGACUUUCCAUAGAUCACCACCAGAACCAUCAAAAACAGACCAUAAUAAUCUAAACAUUGGAAAUUGCUAACCCAGGCUGCCAGCGUUCCUGCCCUAUGACCCAUCCGUUUGCCUUAGUUCCAACAGCGGGGUUUAUGCAUCCCUUCACUCCUUCUUUUCGUUCAGCAAGCAUCUGCUGAGGGACCACCAUGCACCAUGAAUCAUGCUGGGUCAACUCUAGUACAUAAGGCACACACUUCUGCUUCUAUUGAGUUAUUUCUUUCUCUCUUGUUCCACAGUGCAAACUGAAUUGAGAUGUUCAUACCCACCCUCCUCCCCUCGCCAGAGAAACAUAAGAAAAUGUUCAUGACACACAGCAGGCGGGUCCCAUUCCUGAUUGAGUGGGCAGCUUCAGAGCACAAAGAGAACCUCACCAGACAACCAGCUAGGUUGAGUAGAACUUCCCACAGCAGCUCUCGGUUGCUAUCCUUUAUGUCUUUCUAUAGACACUACCAUUUACCACUAUGCUGGGUUCUCUGAAAUGCCAAUUCUGUAACUACUCCUAAAGAGCCUGAAUUGGUUCUAAUGAAUCCUAUAAACCCUGCCAGGUGCUGAGAUCUUGGAGCUGGGAAUUAACUGAUGUUGCCGGUUAUACUCUGAGACCUCUGCUAAAACCCUUGGAGAACUGGAUGCACAUUCAAGUGCAGACGUCCACGAAAUGAUCAUGGGCUAUUGUUAUUUUGGCUUUUGCAAAAUAAUCUGAACAAUUAAAAACAAGUUGCCUCUCUUUUUUUGAGUCAGGGGAAUACUGUGACAUUAUUGAAAGGAAACAUGUAAAGAUAGAAAUGGAAAAAGGCAAAAUAAAGGUCCUUAAGAGCCCAGAUGAAAAUAGUAUCUCUAAAAAAUGCCUUAAUGCCUGGCACUACCUACAUAUUUGCAUAUGAGCCCGCACUGUUUUCCAAACUGUCGACCUCUGUUUGAAAUUGUUAUUGGUUUGGAAACAUGGUGGCAUAAAAUCUGUGCACGCCCAAGCAAAACCAGAAAAAUGUAGAAAUGAUCUCAUUCACCGCCUUCAGCUUCCGUGUUGUAUGGCGCUCCUCCAUGAAAUUGCCCUGCGCUUAUGUCUUGCUUUGUUGUGUGUUUUUGGUGGGCUGGGCACAAAUGAGAGUGAAAUUUUACCUUCCAGAAAUCCAGGCAUAUCUGUGGUGGGUUUUGUUUAGUAAGACAGGAGAUUUGAGGAGCUAAGGGGUAAAUGAUUUAAUAUGUAAAGACUGUAAAUGAUUGAGGCUUAGUUUUUCCUUUUUUCUUAAAUCUGUGCUACCCUUCUUACUAAAAAGGCUAAAACUCACACGUAUACAGGAAAGGCACUCUUGAGAAUGAGCUGAAAUGAAUGAUUAUCAGACUCUCCGGAGUGCUGAGGGGAUUAGCUCUGUUCAGAUCCAAAACCAAAUUUAAAUAUGCAGAACAUCACAGUUCUGCUGUUGGGGUCAAAAGCAAAUCACACCAGUAGCUUGAGACUUGCCUAGGAGGGAUAGGGACCCUGUCAACUUUCUUUAUGGGACCUGACUUACCUUCAAAUCCCUGCGCUAGCUCCAAGAUGUGUCUACCCACCAAUUCUAUUUCUACCUCCAUGAUAUGGGUAAACAUGCCAGGUUCUCUCCAGAGUCACUCUGCAGCUGGCCAGACAGAGGCAUACAGUCCUCAGUGCUGAGGGGAUCGUGCCAUUUCUAACAUUCAGUGGGGAGAUGGGAGAUCAAGGAUGCCUGCGAAUAUAAACUAAGUAUAAGAACCCCGAUAAUGGAUCCACCACACACACCCUAAAUGCUUUCUUUGUCUGCAAAUGUCACAAAAUUGGUUUUGGAUAGCAACAAUAAAAGUUGCAAGGAAGUAAAGUUUUCAAGACACCCCUAACACUUUUUUUUAAUCCAAACCUCUUCCCCAUGCAUUAGCAACUUCAUUCUUUAUCACCUUUUCUUCCGUGUUCUUGAGAGUAAUUUUGCUACGUGACAACUUGACUUAAAGCUACCAUUGACUUCAAAAUCUAGUCUUUGAAAGUGACAAAAAAUGCCUUUAUUCUUUAAAGGCUGUUUUUCUUCAUCACCUCUCCCACAGCCCCUUCACCCCACUUUUCGAUUUAUUUUACGCAUGUGUGAUUUUUUUAUUCUCACCUUCUUUCACACAGUGCUCUACGUAUAGUUUAAGCAUCCUAUAAAGAACUCAGACAGAACCACAUAGUCCUCAGCAAUUUUUCCCCUGUCCUGACUAGUAAUUCAGCCUUAAGCUUGACUUUGAUGCUGCCCAGGCAGCAGUUGGGGCCCCCCAUUUUCCAAAGUCACUGGUCAGUGGUGAUCAUUUAUACAAAGCCAGUGGGAUUAGAGAGAAGGGCAGGCUAGGAGAUAUAUGCACUUGAGCACAGCUGAGGACUGUACUUCAAAGACAGACAAGCCUCCACCUCAAGCCCCUUAGAUCUGGGUCUAAUCCUGGAGCCAGAGCAUGGUCCUGUGAACUCUGGUUUACCAAUAGACAGAACUUCUGGGAGCUUAAAGGUAAAAGAAGGCUGAUUCGAUUAUGUUCUUCUGGUGAUAUCUGUUAGCUGGGAUACAGAAUAGACUUCUGAAAGCUUUGAGUGAGGAAAAAAAUGACCAAGUGUACCUACACUCUGAAGGUGACUCCAGGGUCUGUAUCAGUGAUGACACCUUUGUCCAUCCCUUUAGUUUCAGAGGCAAAAUCCUGGAUGAGGAAGUGGGAAGGCACUAGUGCUAUUUCUAAACUCUAAAACGUGUAGCAUGGAAUUUAGGUGAUGAAAUGGAAAAGAGAUAGAGCAUCAGGCAUGGACCAGUGCUGGUCCUCUACUCCACAUCAAAGGAAAAAGAAGUGACUUCUACUAAUCAGUGAAGCCUGAUCAUUCCAGGUUUCGUAAAGCUGUUUCCUUUAGCAGAUAAGGCUACUUAAGAACUAUAGGAUCCCAGAAUCCUCCCAACAGAAUGCCCUUGUGUACUUAUUUCAAGCAUUAAACAAUACCAGCAAGCUACACUGACUACCGUGUAAAAGUCACUGGGGACAGACCUCACACUGAAUCCCAAUCAAGUGACAUAAUGGUACCAGCGUUGUUGGUCUUUUGACAUUCCUUCUGAUCACAUAAUAUCUUCAAAUUUUGGAGCUAAUGAUUUGGGACAUUUGGGUCAUCAAUUGUUUUAUUGUUGUUCUCCAAACCUCAGAAAUGUCUAGGAGCUUUCUGCAUAAAGUGUCAAGUGUUUUGCAUAGCAGCUUUGCAGAAAUGCUAUUAGAAUCUAUUGAGCUGGGAAGUGUUAGGUAGUACACACCUUUAAUCCAAGCACUCAGGAGGCAGAGGCAGGUGGAUCUCCGAGUUGGAGGCCAGCCUGGUCUACAGAGCAAGUUCUGGGACAGCCAGGGCUACACAAAGAAACCCUGCCUCAAAAAAGCCCCCAAAGGAAGAAAAAUAAAUUUCCCUCAACUUGGAGGUCCUUACACCUACACCAACUCAGUAAAACACUAAAGAGUGCUGGUUGCCUGCCAUCAUGCUCACAGUGUUUUAGAAUUCAAUCAUUCGUAUCAAAGGAAAUAAACAGUUGAAUCACACAGUUUUUCCAUAUUAGCCUACACAUGGUUAUCAAAUGUAGAAUUCCAGUGUUGAGUAUUUUGAAAGAACACACAAGUCGGCUUUGUGGAACUGCAUUUACUCACUGUCCCUCCUCAAGUUCUAUAAAAAGAUAGUAAAAUACUUGAUGCUUAAAAUCUAUAGCAAGAAUUCUUACUAUAAUAAAUCGUUGUUUCACCUGGGAAGGAGAAGUGAAUUUUGCCUCCAAUCCACUACCUUGUGCACUUUAGACAUUGCUUCUCUCCCAACUACAAACUGAGCACCCUCUGUUGUCAUCUCCUGAGAAGUGACCCCAGCUUCUAAAACAGCACCAAGACAAUGAAAGACCUCUUAAACACACUAGAUAGGCUCUAUGUUCAAGCAUAAAUGCAAAAAUAGGGCUUGGAAUUUGUGUAUUGUUAUAGGUUUGAAGAUUGUUGAAUCAUUCAUACACACACACACACACACACAUUGGGAGCUGACCACAGAUACAGGCAGUUUUGGGCACUCCCCUCUCUGGAGCCCAUGCAGUUAAUUCAAGAAAAGUAUGUGUUUCCUCACAUAUCAGCUGGGGAGGUGAAGCAUAUGCCAAUUCUUCUAAAAAGACCUCUGGUGGAACUGGAGAUGUAUUGGUUUGGUGAUGUUUGCGUAGCAUGCACAAAGCCCUAAGGUGAUCCGUAGAACCACCUCAACCAGGUAGAGUGGUGCAUGCCUAUAAUGCCAGCACUUGAGAGAAAGAGGCAAGGAGAAAUCAAGAGUUUGAGGUCAUCGCAGACUGCAUAGCAAUUUUGAGACUGCAUGAGAUCCUGUCUCGAAAAACAAAUCAAUUAAAAAGACCCCUGGUUAUGGGUGGAAACCUUGAAGGUCAUCGCAGUUGCUGAUGGAUGUUUAUGUUCAAAUUGCUAGAGCCUUGCUUUCAUCCUUGUUUGUUUGGAUUUUUUUUAACCAUGACUCACAUCCCCAGACCAUCUUUUUCAUGCUUAUUCCACUCCUACCAGCAACAGAAGCUUUAGCUUCUGCGAGAGUAUUGACCCUACCUAUACACACACACACACACACACACACACACACACACACACACACACACACACACACACACACACACGGAUAGGAGGGCUUCUACUCACACUGGGCCACAGCGGGGCUCUGCAUAGUUUACCUCCAUCUGUCUUUCCUCUGCCAGCUGGAAAGUACUGUUCUAAGAAUGCCAGGCUGGAGGGGGCUGGGAUUUGCCUAGUAGAAGAAGUUCAUGUUGCAGAGAACUGAAUAAGAGCUGGCCUGUUCAUUUACAUGGUGGGACUCAGGGAUGAGGAGAGCAGAAGCUGGGACUGCUAAAAAGCCAAGGCAGCACAAAUGUUUUGAAACCCAUUCUACCGGAACUCUUACGCCACGGAACCACACUCCGGUAGUUCUAGUUAAUCCAACUAUUUAAUAUUAUUAGGCACUAAGUUAAAUAGCUUUACACGAAAUUUUAGAAAAGAUCAAUAUUGUAACCAAAUUACAGAUUAGCAGUACAAAAAAAAAAAACCUGAAAAAAGAAACUAUCGACCUGCUGUGGUUUAUAUACUUAUGUUACACUUAGGACUUUGUAGAGACUGGCAUUUUGCUGAUAAAGGGGAAGGAACUUUUCAGAAUUCAAGAAUGGUGGGGUGCUUGCAAUUGCUGGGGAAGGGAGGGGGCUUUGGGCCUUAGCCUUUCUGGAAUUCUCUCUCUCCUUCAGCAGACAGAGUUGUUUGGGAACUAGAAGGAGCUAACGGGUAAGGUUGUCCCAUACCACAUAUUUACGGAUAAUUGCCACGGCAAACCGGGUCACGGGCUUUGUUAAUGAUACUGUUUCUCAUCUUGGUUUUUUUUUCCUUCAAAAACUAUUAUUACCAGGACUUCACUCUGAGAUUAAAAGAGAAGGAAGAAUUAGAAAUCAAUGGAUGGUAUUUUACAUGUGUGUGUGGACAUACACACACAAAUGGUUGGACACAGACAUAUAGACACUGACACACAGAUACACAGAGAGAGAGACAUACAGACACCAACACACACAGAUACACAGACACACAGAGGCAGACAGACAGACAGACAGACAGACACACACACAAGCUUUUUCUGAGAUGCAGGAGAUAAUAGUAGAGUCUUCAGCAAUGGCAUCCACUUAUCUCCGUCCCCUCUCCAAGGUUCGGACAACAGUGACCCAGGCAGAGAUGGCGACAGGCAGACUCCCGACCUUCAGCCUGAACAAGGCCACAGAGCAUGCGCAGAUGGCAAGCUGAGGGCAUCAAGAAUUACUUAGGCAAGGCAGGAUUUCCGUGACCGGGUGCUAUUGCAUGUUAGUAUUUGUUCGAGGAAAGAAAUAACGUGAAAAUCAUUUGGUGUGAAUUAAACAGAACAGCAGUGAGCUCGACAGAGUCUGAGGGGACAGAGGGUGUAGUUCAGUCAUGGAGUGCUUGCCCAACAUAUGUAAGGACCCAGCUUCAAUCCCCGGCACUACAAAAAUGAAAAGAAGGAAAAAAAAUCUCUCCCCAGAAAUAACCAAGUUUGAAGGAAGAAAUAUGAUUAAAAAAAAAAAAAGACUAGUCCAUUCCUUGACCAGCAUGUCAUAAAAGCACAUUUCAUAGAGUAGUAGUAUGGAGACUAUAUAUUGUAGCUCCUUCAAGUGCAUAGUGAAAGCAGCGGGCUUAAUCAUGUUGUUCUCCCAAGACUGGUUCAUUUAAAAGGAAUUUCCCUUAUCCAUUUCCCACAACUGUUCUGCUUUCUUGUCUUUUCUUUCCUUUUCUUUGUUUCUCUAUUCUUUUCUCCAGAAAGGGUUCCUUCCAGGCCCAGACUUCAAAAGACACAAAGUUAUGUGGCAAAAACAAGAGUGCCUUUUCCGUUGGCUGUCCGCGUGCGCCGGCUCCACGGUAUCUGAUGUUUAGAAACCUUUCUCCUCUAAACAUAAGAAUUAGUGUGCACCACAAUUUUGAGCCACUGACCUAUGUAUCUUGAGCAGCUACCAACUUGCCAAUCCCCUUCGGGUCUCUUUAUAUGUUCUUAGAAUAUUUCUUUCUAUUUUGGGUUUUCUUCACGAAGUCUGGGAAAGGGUGUGAUUCUUUUUAAAUUGAUGAAAAUAAAACUGUCCCAAUUUGUGCCCACUUGUAUCCACGAGCAUGCUCUCUAUCAGGCUUGAAAAUCGGCUUUAUCAUUUUGUAUAUCUGACUAUUUUGUAUCCGGCAUUAUUUGAUUCCUAUGUGCAUGGCAAUGUAUUAAAAUGUGGGAUUUCUA